GCCUGACGUCAGCGCUUGUUUGCGCAUUGAAGCGUCUGUCGCUCUGCCAUUUAGGUGCUACUGUCUUGAGGACAGCAGUUAUGUCGGGCAACCUAAAUGAAGGGACCCGUAUGUCCCUGUACGGCAAGUCUUACCUCAGCCCAGAUGCCAAAGCUGGAUUGUGGAAAAAUGCCCUCAGCAGAUACGGGUACAUCCGGCGUCACCACCUGUCCAUCAAGGGAGACGGGUCGGAGCUCUUCACCGGUGAAACCCUCUACAGUCAGGAGAUGCUGGACAAACUGAAGACCAGCUGCUACGGUCCGCGGACACGUACGACCACGGCAGACGUACACGACAACAUCUACGACCGGCUGUUUCACCAGAAGGAGGGAUUCGACUGCAAGUUACACCGGGACGACAGGAGGCACAUCCUGGAGAUAGGCAGGGCUGUUCAUGAAGAAGAAAUCAAACGUGCAUGUCCCAUGCAGUCGUCAUCAGAAUUUGGCAGGAGACUUCACGCUCCACUUGAGCCUUUUGACCGCAAGAGGGCCCGAAUAGACCACGUGGUGAAAGGUUUCUAUUACCCACGAGGCACCGGGCUACCACCAGUUGACUCAUGAACACAUUCCACCAUCCCAUGUAAAUCAGGCGUCUUUUCACUGAAAUUAGUGAGCUUGUAUGUUUGUGAUUUUUUUCUUCCACAAAGGAAGAUAUUCAACUUAAUAUAUCUUUAUAGGAGCAUAAAAUGAGGCAACCAUCA